AGUCACCCAGGCUCAGGGGGCGGCGGCGGCGGCGGCGGCGGCGUGGGGGGGGGGGCGGGGGGCGCGCUGUGCCGCGCAUCAGGCUGGGCCGCCCGCCCGCCGCGCGUGGAUGCAGAGCCGGGAGGAGGCGCCGCCCGAGCCGGACCCCCGCUGCUCCCGGGUGGAAUGAGGUGACAGUGGCACGGCCAGUCUGCUGGUAGAGCUGGGAGCUGUCUUCUGCCUCCCAGUGUGGGGACCUUGAAGCAAGACCACAUCAAUGCCUGGCAAGGUCGAGGAGGUGCUUUCUCCAAACUGUCCAGGAGUCUAGAUCUGGCACCGUCGGUGGGUGUCUCAGCAUCCUCUGUUACCUGGCAGUGGCCACAUCAGAGGCAGGAGUCUGCGGAGGGGGAUGGGCCACUGUGGUCUCCUUCCUUUCCUAGCCCAGUCUGCUGGGGAUGUGUCAGGCAGCGCAGCCGUGACUUCUCCUGCAGAGCUCCCGUGACCUUUGCGAAGCUAGGGUUGGAAAUAGGCAAAAGUCCCCUGGGUCUCUUUGGGGAGAACUGUGGCUUACACAAACUACGUGGGGGAGCUGUUGUGGGUCAGAGUAUCUUAAGUGAGCCGUGGGGGAGCAUCUGGCCUUUGGGCGGAGGCUGUUUGGCAGGCUCAGCGUUGGCGUGGACCAGGUGGGGCAGGCUGGAGGUUGGGGAGAGGGGCUGUCCUAGCCUCAGUGUGUUCUGUGUUGCUCUCUUGGGGCCAGAAGAGCAUCCCUGGGGCUGGGGAAAGCGCUCCCCUCACCUCGGGGUCUGCGUUGAUUUGGGGCUUGGAGGAAGGAACGGGCUCCCUUCCAAGGCGCUGUGGGUGGCAGGCCUUCCGUUCCCCCCCCUCUCCUUGGCAAUUGAUAUGGAGAUGAGGGGAAGAAUGGCUCUUGCUUGGGCCACUUGGCAUGCUGGUGGCAGAGCAGGCAGGAGGGUGAGGCACUGCUCAGGGAGGAGAGGUUGUGGGUCAGAGCUAGGAGCAAGUUGUGGUGCCAGCUGUGUGCGUGUCUGUGGGGGGGGGGGGGAGCUAAGGAAUACAAUCCCGUCUCUCCAAGCCUUGCCUUUCAGGAGGUGCUUUGAUGUAAAUUGCGGGCUUUUCUCGCAGGUAGAAGAGGCUGGUGGGGCUCUUUUAUUCUAGAGGGGGAUCUACAGAACUUUGGGACCGGGUCUGACAUUCUGGCAAGCAGCUGGAGCUGGAUUUGGGCUCCUCCCUUUACCUUCUCUGGAUAACAGCAAAAGAUGCUGCAGCUCCCGAGAUGCUAAAUGCCCUGGGAAGCCUAGAACUGUUUUCACUUCCAAAUGAAUGCCUUGGAAGACAGGCUGGCUGGUGACGGACUGGAGCUCACCUGGAUUAGACCUAAAACGCAAACCCUCUGGGACACGGGGGAGGGGGCCAGCAAUGAACAAGCUGCGCCAGAGCCUGAGACGCAAGAAGCCGGCGCACGUCCCAGAGGCGAGCCGGCCACACCAGUGGCAGGCGGAUGAGGAGGCCGUGCGCAAGGGGCGCUGCAGCUUCCCAGUGAGGUAUCUGGGGCACGCUGAGGUCGAGGAGUCCCGGGGCAUGCACGUGUGCGAAGAAGCCGUGAAGAAGCUGAAAGUGAGUGGCCGCAAGUCAGUGAAAUCUGUGCUGUGGGUCUCAGCAGAUGGGCUGCGCGUUGUGGAUGACAAGACCAAGGAUCUCAUUGUGGACCAGACGAUUGAGAAGGUUUCCUUCUGUGCUCCAGACCGGAAUUUUGACAAGGCCUUUUCCUACAUCUGCCGGGAUGGCACCACACGGCGCUGGAUUUGCCACUGCUUCCUGGCACUGAAAGAUUCGGGUGAGCGCUUGAGCCAUGCUGUGGGCUGUGCCUUUGCGGCUUGUCUUGAGCGCAAGCAGAAACGGGAGAAACAGUGUGGGGUAACAGCCUCUUUUGAUGCCACUCGCACCAGCUUUGCGCGGGAGGGCUCCUUCCGUUUACCAGGCCCUCCGGCCUCCUCCACCCGUUCCUCAGGAGCACAACCCCCACACGACAGGAAGAAAGCUGAAACCACCGUGAUACCUGUAGCCGCUGCCCCAGCUCCUGCCCAGCCUGGCAAUACCUCCCCACCUCAAGGGGCCACCUCGCCAGAGGAAAAGGCAGAGGUGGGGGGCCCGCAUGCCAUCCCGCGCCGUCAUGCGCCCCUGGAGCAGCUGGUGCGCCAGGGCUCUUUCCGGGGCUUCCCUACCCUGAGCCAGAAGAACUCUCCCUUCAAGCGGCAGCUCUCCUUGCGGCUGAGUGAGCUCCCAUCCACGCUGCAGCGCAAGGCGCUUGCGGGCAACACAGUAUUGGAGCUGAUCUCAGCUGCCAACGGAGACUCCGACAGCAUCAGUGCUCAAGGUGACACAAGCUUCUCCCAACCAGCGGGAGAGCCCCCUGGUGCUGCCCCCACCAACGGGGCCGUGGGGCACGCCCCUGCUGCAGUGCCCACAGGAGGAGCCAGCACAGGUCCCGCCGAGUGGCCAGACUCCUCCGUGGGAGCUCCCCCCAGCCCCCCGUUCCAGCCAGGGCACAAGCGGACGCCCUCCGAAGCUGAACGUUGGCUGGAGGAAGUGGCGAAGGCAGCCAAGGCCCAGCAGCAGGCAGCUGUUGCUGUAGCGGGGAUGCCUGCGCCGCUGCCCACGUUCUCUCUAGGCUUCGACGCCCCUGCCCCGCCCCUGGACGUCUUUGUGCCCAUGGGCCCCGCCUACACGCCAGCAGUGCCGUACGGUGCUGUGCCCAGUGUGCCGGUGGUGGGCAUCACCCCCUCCCAGAUGGUGGCCAAUGCUUUCUGCUCUGCCACGCAGACCCCUGCUGCCGCCUUGGGGGCCAGAGCCAGCCCUUUCCAGCAGAAUCUCUCGGGGCCAGCGCGGCCCAAGCCCAACGGGACAAUGUGGCCCCCAGAGCAGAGCCAGCCGGUGGUACCAGCCCCAUGCCGUGAACCCCCAGAUUCUUUUGAAGUGCAGUGGGCGGCCCUGGAGGGCAGGGCCCCCUCGGCUGCCCCCAACCCCUUCUCUGGUGACCAGCAGAAGACCUUUGAGAUUGAACUGUGACCCCCCCUCCCCCAUAGUGGCUGGAGAAGGUAGGUAGACCCCUCCCACUUGUCCCUCUGACCCGCUCACCUGCUGCCCACAGAAGGGCCCAACUACAGCCCCUCUUUCUGCGGCCGAAGCCCUCUGAGCAGGGAAAUGCUAUGUGCAAAGCGGGCGGGGUGGGAGGAAUGUUCGCAGGCCCAACACCAAGGGGUUGGUUAUCCAGGGAGUGGGGGGGGGGGGUUCUGAAGGGUGGGGGCUGGACAGUGGGAUGAGUGACUCUUCCCCCACAAUGCAUAGGGCCCUUUUGAGGUGUGUUCGGUGGGCGAGGAGAAUAGGGGGGAGCGGGCACAAGGAGGUUCUCUGGCCCUAAGAGUUAAAAUUCUUGGGAGGAAGUGGGGUGGGGGUGAGCCCAGCAGGUCUGGUGCCCCGUUCAUCUGACACCCCCCACAACUGUGCCUCUCUGUUCGUUUGGGCUUUUUGUGCUACCUGAGAAAAGCUGAAGAUUCUUAUUUCGCGGACAGGGAUUUAGGGUUAUUCUGCUUGGGGGUUCCCCCUUCCCAUUCGAAGUCCCUACCCCAGCAAUAGCUUCACAACUGCCUGCAGGACCGUCCUGCCAUCCCCUCCCACUGUCCCCAAGCAGCACUUGCAGGACUUCCUUCAGCAUAGCCCAGUCCUUAUGGCAGGGAGUUCUCUGGGCUGCCCACCUUUCCCUGUCCUAUGGAGGACAACUCCCAGCCUCGGCCAGGGGAGGGGGGGGGCUGGGCCCCUGGCAGGAGUGCAAGGCUCCUUCCCGCCUGUCCUUUGCUCCCCACUCUUGUCCAAGGGGCUGAACUCCACUCUCAAAGGGGAGGCCUGUGGGGCAGGGCCAGAGGGGACUCUCCAGCAGAGAGAUCAGGGCCACCCUGCCUGGGAAAAAUGCCGCCUCGUUUCAGUGUUGCCCACACUUCCAAAGUUGGGUUGCUGCUGAAUUUCAGGACAGAGAAGGGGAUCUCCCCCACAAAUAAUUUGAAAAGUAAAUUUAAAUUUGUAAUAAGUGAGUGCUUGAGUGUGGUUUUAGACAGAACUGACAGUAUCAAAAUGGGACAGUAUCUCUGAAACCAGUGGAACCUUUGGAAUUGAGAUGUGGCCCGCUUGACUAGUUGCAAGUGGGGGCUGGGGGGAGGAAACAAGGCUGGCAAGAUGUGGGGGGGAGGGAGACAAGGGGCUUUUGUGGCAUUUGGCAACAGCUGCCCACACCCUAGAGAGGGGACAUCGAUUUCCUGUCCUACCCAAACUGCCUGGUUAUUGAAAAUGGGUGGGGAGAUAGUAUUUUCUAUCUUAUUUCCAAUUUUUUUAAUCAAAGAUUCCCACAUAUUUGUAUUAUAUAAUAACUAAUAAAGCUAAUAAUAUAAGACCCCA